AUGAUCGAUAAAAUCGCUCUUCUCAAAGAUGCCGCUACUCGGCUCCGCAUAAAUAGUAUUAAAGCCACUGAGGCCGCAAAAUCAGGCCACCCUACCUCUUGUUCUUCCAUUGCCGAGGUUAUGGCUGUUCUCUUUCUUGACGAGAUGAAGUACUUCGUCUACCAGCCGCGUCACCCCUCCAAUGAUCGCUUUGUAUUAUCAAAAGGUCAUGCAGCUCCCAUACUUUAUGCUGCUUGGGCUGAAGCCGGACUUCUUUCUGAGGCGGAGCUUCUCAAUCUGCGUAAAAUUGAUUCUGAUCUUGAAGGUCAUCCUACACCUCGCCUCAACUUUAUCGACGUAGCUACGGGUUCCCUUGGCCAGGGUCUGAGUAAUGCCGCCGGCAUGGCUUACACUGGAAAGUACAUUGACAAGGCAAAGUAUCGCGUCUACUGCAUUAUUGGUGACGGUGAGUCUGCUGAGGGUAGCAUAUGGGAAGCCCUGGCCUUUUCGUCUUACUACAAGCUGGACAAUCUUGUGGCCAUUUUCGAUGUCAAUCGUCUUGGUCAGAGUCAGCCGGCGUGCCUUCAACACGACCUAGACUGCUAUCGACGCCGCGUUGAGGCCUUUGGAUGUCAUGCCAUAGUUGUAGACGGUCAUAAUAUCUCGGAACUCUUGAAGGCAUUUGAGAAAGCUCGUGUAAUUAAAGGAAAACCCGUGGCAAUAAUUAUGAAGACCUACAAAGGUUACGAUUUCCCCGAUGUUUCGGACAAGGAGAACUGGCAUGGUAAACCUUUGGGCUCAAACUCCGCCAAAACCAUUGAACACUUGGAGAAGGAGCUGACCGUACCCUCCACCCUGGGCAACCUGAAACCUCAGGAACCAUUGGUAGACUGCGAAGAGAUGCAUCUUCUUGGCACCCUUAAGCUGCCCACCCCACCGCCCUAUAAGAAGGGUGACAAGAUUGCGACUCGUGAAGCCUACGGCAAGGCUCUUGCUCGCCUCGGCUCUAUUUAUCCAAGAGUAAUUGGCUUGGACGGUGACACAAAAAAUUCCACCUUUUCAAUCUACCUUCGUGAUGCACGACCAGAGCAGUUCAUUGAGUGCUUCAUCGCGGAGCAGAACCUUGUGGGUGUGGCUAUUGGCUGUGCCACACGGCAACGCACUGUCCCCUUCGUGAGCACAUUUGCUGCAUUCCUUUCUCGUGCCUAUGACCAAAUCCGUAUGGGCGCCAUCUCUCAAACUAACUGCAACUUUGCCGGCUCCCAUGUUGGAGUUAGCAUUGGUGAGGAUGGUGCGAGCCAAAUGGGGCUGGAGGAUCUGGCAAUGUUCCGCGCAAUUCAAGGUUCCACGGUCUUCUAUCCAUCAGAUGGUGUGUCUUGUGAACGUGCUGUUGAAUUGGCUGCCAACACCAAGGGUAUUUGCUUCAUCCGCACAGGUCGUCCUGCGGUCCCCAUCAUCUACGAUGCUAAUGAAGACUUUGUUAUUGGUAAAGCUAAGGUUUGUGUGACGGCUCAGCCAAAGGGUGAGGAUCAUGUAACGGUAAUUGGUGCUGGUGUGACUCUCCUCGAAGCCCUUAAGGCUGCUGAAGUCCUCAAGGCGGAGGGCAUCAAUCUACGUGUCAUUGAUCCCUUCACCAUCAAGCCACUCGACGCCGAUUUGAUCGCUUCCUCAGUUAAGCAAACUCAUGGACGUCUCAUCACUGUGGAAGAUCAUGCACCUCAAGGCGGUCUCUCAGAGGCGGUGGCAGUAGCACUGGGCGAGAAGGGUGUGAGCUUCACACAGCACGUAUUGGCCAUCAACGAGGUGCCACAUUCCGGCAAGCCAGAUGAAUUGCUCUCCAAGUAUCGCAUCAACUCAACAGCUAUCUGCGAGGAGGCACGUGCUCUCAUGCACAUCUAG